AUGUCUGAAGAAACCAAACAACAGCAAGAAAUAUUUUCUAGUGUGGGAGAACAAGCUCAAGAAGUCGACAACGCUAUUAAACAAACAGGAGCUGCCGAUGCUGAAGGACACCCAGUUCAAGAAGUUGAAUCUUUAUGUAUGAACUGUCAUAAGAAUGGGGUGACCAGAAUGUUAUUGACAAGAAUUCCAUAUUUCAGAGAAGUUAUUAUAAUGUCAUUUGAAUGUCCUCAUUGUGGAUUUAAAAAUAGUGAAAUUCAACCAGCAGCUCAAAUUGCAGAAAAGGGGGCAAGAUAUGUAUUAAAAGUUGAAAACAAAAAAGAUUUCAACCGUCAAAUUGUCAAAUCAGAAACUGCUACGGUUAGAUUUACUGAAUUAGAUAUUGAAAUUCCUCCGAAAAGAGGUCAAUUAAUCAAUGUUGAAGGUAUUUUACAAGAAAUGAUUGAAGAUUUAGAAUCUGAUCAACCACAAAGACAAACCGUUCAACCAGAAGUCUAUGAAAAAAUUGAGCAAGUGAUAAACAAAAUCAAGCUGUUCAUUAAUUGUGACCCCAAUACUGUUCCAUUAACAGUGACUGUGGAUGAUCCAGCAGGUAAUUCGUGGAUUGAAUAUGUUCCCGGUGAACCAACUCAUAAAUGGGCCAUGUAUGAAUACAAUAGAACUGCUGAACAAAAUGUAUUUUUGGGAUUAAUUUCUGCUGAUGAUGUUGCUCAACAUAGACAAGCUGAAUUAGCCAAUAAAAAGCAAGCCACUGAUUCAAACAUAUCAUCCAAUUUAAAUAAAGAACAGCCACAAUCAGAAGGAGAACAUUCCAAUCUUCACACUACUGGUUUCAAAUCUGAUGCGUCUGAGAUUGAAAAUUUCAGUAAUGAAGUCCAAACAUUUGCUGCCACUUGUUCCUCAUGUUAUAAACCAUGUGAAACUCAUAUGAAAACAGUUAAUAUUCCUCAUUUCAAGGAUGUUAUUUUAAUGUCCACUGUAUGUGACCAUUGUGGUUAUAAAUCAAAUGAAGUAAAAACUGGUGGGGCUAUUCCAGAAAAGGGUAAAAGAAUUACAUUAAAAGUGACUGAUCCUGAAGAUUUAGCUCGUGAUAUUUUGAAAAGCGAAACUUGUGGGUUAAAUAUUCCUGAAUUGAAUUUAGAUUUGACUCCAGGAACUUUAGGCGGUAGAUUUACUACUAUUGAAGGAUUAUUGACUCAAGUUUUAGAAGAAUUACAUAGUAGAGUUUUCACUCAAACUUCAGAUUCAAUGGAUGAUGAAACUAAAACUAGAUGGACGGGAUUUUUUGCAAGAUUACAAGAUGCUAUCGAUGGGAAAAUUGGAUUCACUAUUGUUAUGGAAGAUCCUUUAGCUUCUUCUUAUAUACAGAAUGUUUAUGCUCCCGAUAAUGAUCCAAAUAUGACUAUUGAAGAAUUUGAAAGAACUUUUGAACAAAACGAAGGAUUGGGUUUGAAUGAUAUUAAGACAGAUUAG